AUGUCCUCAUCAUCCUCUUCAGUGUUGGAGACUGAGAUCUUCCAGUACAUUGAUGUACAUCAAAAUGAUUUCAUCAAGGGUCUUAAGGAAUGGGUGGCUGUGGAAAGCGAUUCUGUUCAACCACAUCGGAGGAAAGAAGUAAUACGAAUGAUGGCGUUGGCAGCAGACAGACUUGCAAUGCUGGGAGCCACUGUUAAUUUAGUAAACCUGGGGUCACAUCAGUUGUCUGAUGGCCAGGACCUCCCACUGCCUCCUGUGGUUCUCGGGGAACUGGGGAAAGAUCCACAAAACCCCACUGUAUGUUUCUAUGGUCAUGUGGAUGUGCAGCCUGCCAAAAAGGAAGAUGGCUGGAAAACUGACCCUUAUACGCUGACUGAAAUCAAUGGAAAUCUCUAUGGGCGUGGAGCAACAGAUAAUAAAGGACCUGUCCUGGCUUGGAUAAAUGCAGUGGAAACCUUUAGAGCCUUGAAAUUAGCUAUGCCAGUGAACUUCAAAUUUGUAAUUGAAGGCAUGGAAGAAGCAGGGUCUUUGGGGCUAGAGAAGUUACUCGAGGAAGAAAACCAGUGCUUUUUCUCUGAUGUUGAUUAUAUUGUGAUUUCGGACAAUCUCUGGCUCAGCAACAAGAAGCCUGCCCUUACAUAUGGGAGUCGGGGAAAUGCGUGCUUCUUUGUGGAGGUGGAAUGUGGUGACAAGGACCUUCACUCUGGAACAUUUGGAGGCAUCAUCCACGAGCCGAUGAUGGACCUGAUAGCUCUGUUGGACAGCCUUGUGGAUCCUACAGGUCGUAUUCAGAUCCCUGGUAUCUACGACAGCAUUGCUGACCUGACGGAGGAGGAGAGGAAAUUAUAUGAAUCAAUUGAAUUUGAUCUAGAGGAACAUAAAAAGAAUAGUGGCGUGAAAAAAUUCCUCUAUGGAACAAAGGAAGAGAUACUUCUACACUUGUGGCGCUACCCUUCACUCUCUAUUCAUGGGAUUGAAGGUGCCUUUCAUGAACCAGGAAUUAAAACAGUCAUUCCAGCAAAAGUCAUUGGCAAAUUUUCAAUCCGUCAGGUCCCCCACAUGGACCUUUCGGUUGUGAAACAACAGGUGGUGGAGUACUUGGAGGGUGUCUUUUCCAAGAGAAACAGUCCAAACAAACUGAAAGUGUCUAUGCCUUUGGGUGUGAAACCCUGGCUUGCUGAUGUUAAUGAUCCACUAUACAAGGCAGCAAGAAGGGCAAUAAGAACAGUUUUUGGAAAAGAUCCAGAUUUUAUUCGCGAUGGUUCAACAGUUCCUGUUGCCAGAAUGUUUCAGACUAUAACACAGAAAAGUGUGAUAAUGCUUCCGAUCGGAGCAGCUGACGACGGGGAGCACUCCCAGAAUGAGAAAAUAAGCAGAUACAACUAUAUUGAAGGAACCAAAGUGUUCGCAGCCUUCUUCCUGGAGAUAUCAAAGCUACAUCAGCACUUAAAUGGAACUUCCAACACAGAUGCUAACAACUGA